AUGCCAGAAGGACCAUCCUUGAGGAAAUUUCACCACCUGGUCUCCCCCUUUGUGGGCCAGCAGGUGGUCAAGACAGGGGGCAGUAGUAAGAAGCUCUGCCCUGCGGUCCUUCAGUCGCUGUGGCUCCUUGAUGCCCAGGUGCAUGGCAAGAAAUUAUUCCUUCGAUUUGAUCCUAGUGAAGAGCUGGAGCCACCUGGAAGCCACCUGCUGCCAGAGUCUCUCCAGAAAGGAGCAGAGAAGGAUGAUGCUGUGGACCCCACGCUGGCUUCCGGGCCCAGCAAUGAGCACACCUGUGCCGGUGCGGCCUGCUCUCUGGAGCCUGGUCCCAGCAGGGCCAGCAGCGCCGAGUGCCCGGGAGGACACAGCCCUGCAGCAGGUGCCCAGACGUGGCUGCAGGUCAGGUUUGGUUUGUUCGGCAGCGUCUGGGUGAACAACUUCUCCAGAGCAAAGAAAGCCAACAAGAGUGGUGACUGGAGGGACCCCGUGCCCAGGUUGGUCCUGCACUUCGGUGGCGGUGGCUUCCUGGCAUUCUACAGUUGCCAGAUGUCCUGGAGUCCUCCCCCAGAGCUCAGCCCCACUUGCGACAUCUUGUCAGAAGCAUUCCAUCGAGGACAGGCCCUGGAGGCUCUGGGGCGGGCCCAGCCUGUGUGCUAUACACUAAUGGACCAGAGAUUCUUCUCGGGGUUAGGGAACAUCAUUAAGAACGAAGCCUUGUACCGAGCAGGGAUCCACCCCCUUACUCCAGGGGCGCUCCUGACACCUUCGCAGCUGGAGGCCCUGGUGGACCAUGUUGUGCAGUUCAGUGCAGAAUGGCUGAAGGACAAGUUCCAGGGCACACGUCGUCACACGCAGAUCUACCGGAAGGAGCAGUGUCCUGCUGGGCAUCAGGUCCUGAAGGAGGCACUUGGGCCUCCAGCCGGGCUCCAGAGACUCACCUGGUGGUGCCCACAAUGCCAGCCUCCUCUUCCCCCUGAAGAGCCGCAGUAGCCGGGACUCUGCUGAGGUUCUCAGGAGCUACUUGAUGGCACUUGCCCUUGGGUACCAGGCCGUGUCCGUGUCCGGGACAGAGGACGGGGAGGGGCUGGCUGGGUAAGAGAAGGAUGAUAGGAGGGUCAGCAUUGUUGAUCUUUAUGUCACUGGAGUUGUGUUGAAGGCACAGCUUUUACAGAGGUAGAUUUUUCCAUUUCUGGUUCAGUUCACUCUUGGGAGCUUCGGGGCUUCCUACUUUCUACUGUUAGAAUUUUGGCAGCGGGGAGAAGAGCGCCCGGAACAGCAGGGCAGAAAUGAACACUGGGAAAAUGGUUGUACUCACCCAGAACAACGGCAUAAAUGAACACUGGGACGACAGUGCACCCAGGGUUGCUUUGCGAGUGAUGUGUAUUGUGUUUUGGGAACUUUGUUGGUUUGGUAUGUAUAGAGACACAGGAAAAAGACAUUGUCCUGGUUCUGUUGGAGCUGCUCAUCUGCUCCUCUCACCACAAGGAGACAUAGGACUCACCUGGGCGCAAGAGGUUUGCCAGGGCGGCAGGUGUACCCAUGGCUUUUAAGGGAAAGCUACCUGUUACUCCUUAACCUGAUAUACGGGUGACUGUUGAUGGUUGAACAAUUCAGAUGUCAAGAAAUGUACAGAAAGUUCCUCUAGAAAAACCUAGCCGAAAC